AUGUCAUAUUCCAACGCAACCGAUUUCACCAACCCCUCCACCUUCAUCCUGCUGGGCAUUCCUGGCCUGGAGACGGCCCAUGUCUGGGCCCAUGUAUGGAUCUCCAUUCCCUUCUGUGCCAUCUAUGCCAUAGUCAUCUUGGGGAACCUCACCAUCCUGUUCAUAGUAAAGACAGAGCCGAGCCUUCAUGAGCCCAUGUACUAUUUCCUCUGCAUACUGGCCAUCACCGACUUGCUUCUGACCACAUCCACCCUGCCCAAGAUGCUGAGCAUCUUCUGGUUCAAUUCCAGGGAGAUCAGUUUCAGUGCCUGUCUUGCCCAGCUGUACUUCGUUCAGUGCUUCUCAGUGAUCGAGUCUGGGAUAUUGGCAGCGAUGGCGUUGGAUCGCUACGUGGCCAUCUGCCAUCCCCUGCGACAUUCCACCAUCCUGACAAACCCUGUGGUGGCCAAGAUUAGCCUGGCUGUGGUGCUGCGCAGUAGUGUAGUUGUGUUGCCCUACCCCUUGCUGGUGAGGCAAUGGUCAUAUUGCAGAACCAACAUCAUCUCUCAUUCCUUUUGCGCCCACAUGGCUGUGGUGAAGCUGGCCUGUGGCGACACCCGCGUCAGUAGCUACUACGGGCUCUUUGUGCUGUUUUGCAUGUUGGGUCUGGAUUUGGUAUUUAUUGCCAUUUCCUACAUGCAGAUCCUCAGGGCCAUCUUCAGCCUCCCCACCAAGGAAGCCCGAUUCAAGACUUUUUGGACUUGUGGUUCACAUCUCUGUGCCAUUGUAAUUUUUUACAUUCCAACUGUUUUCUCUGCCCUCAUGUACCGUUUUGGACAGAACUUUCCCCUGCAUGUCCAUGUUCUCAUUGGCAGCAUGUACCUCCUGCUGUCCCCUAUGCUAAACCCCCUCAUCUACGGGGUGAAGACCAAACAGAUCUGGGGCAGGCUGCUCUGGCUCAUUUCUCAGAAACAGUUUAAAGUUUUCUCCUAG